AAAUUUCCGUCAGUUCUCGAGUGGCCGGUUUGAGAAGGGCUGCCACGAGAGAAAAACAUCCUUUACCCAGCUGUCGGUCACGCGCCUGCGCUACCUCUCGGCCUUAAAACCCAAUUCGGCACCGCUGAGAACGUCACGGAAGGCUUCCUUCGUCGACAAUGUUGUACUGCUCACGAAUUGUUAGCGGCCAGAGGCUCGCUGUCUUCGCGGCAGACAUCCAGCAAAGAUGUUUCAGCGUAAGUCCGUUGAGCUUCGCUGCCGCGAAAGUGGCAAUGUCCAAAUUCGACAAAACUGCUUACCUUCCGUAUGACAAAUUGGAGGCGAACCUGAAGGUUGUGAAAAAAAGGUUAACCCGACCAUUAACGCUCUCCGAAAAAGUUUUGUACUCCCAUCUUGAUGAACCCGCUAAACAAGAUAUUGUCCGAGGUACAAGCUACCUCAGGUUACGGCCGGACCGUGUGGCUAUGCAAGAUGCCACUGCUCAGAUGGCUAUGUUGCAGUUUAUCAGCUCAGGACUGCCGCAGGUCGCCGUUCCUUCCACCAUCCACUGCGAUCACUUGAUCGAGGCACAAAUCGGCGGUGAUCAGGACUUGAAGCGCGCGAAGGACAUCAACAAGGAGGUGUACAACUUCUUGAAAACCGCAGGCGCGAAGUACGGCGUCGGUUUCUGGAACCCCGGCUCCGGUAUCAUUCACCAGAUCAUCCUCGAAAAUUACGCGUUCCCGGGUUUGCUCAUGAUCGGUACCGACUCGCACACGCCUAACGGCGGAGGACUGGGCUGCCUCUGCAUCGGUGUCGGUGGCGCGGACGCUGUCGACGUGAUGGCCAACAUCCCAUGGGAGCUGAAGUGCCCUAAGGUGAUCGGGGUCAAGCUGACCGGCGAAUUGAAGGGCUGGACCAGCCCCAAGGACAUCAUCCUGAAGGUGGCCGGCAUCCUCACGGUGAAAGGAGGCACCGGAGCUAUCGUCGAGUACUUCGGGCCAGGUGUAGACAGCAUCAGCUGCACCGGUAUGGCCACCAUCUGCAACAUGGGCGCCGAAAUCGGCGCCACCACCUCGAUCUUCCCCUACAACUUCCGUAUGCAAGAUUAUCUGAGGGCUACCGGCCGCUCGGGGAUCGCCGAUGCCGCGGAUUUGCACAGAACCAGUCUCCUGACAGCGGACAAGAAUGCUAAAUACGACCAGAUCAUCGAAUUGGACCUCUCCACCUUGGAGCCCCACGUCAACGGACCCUUCACCCCUGACCUCGCCCAUCCGAUCUCGAAAUUGGGUUCAACUGCCAAGCAGAACGGUUGGCCCAACGAGAUCAAGGUCGGCCUGAUCGGUUCCUGCACGAACAGCUCCUACGAGGACAUGGGUCGGUGCGCGAACAUCGCGAAACAGGCUCUGGAACACGGAUUGAAAUCGACGUCGGCGUUCAACGUUACGCCUGGAUCCGAACAAAUCCGCGCCACAAUCGAGCGUGACGGAAUCGCAAAAACGCUCCGAGAAUUCGGAGGAACCGUGUUGGCGAACGCCUGCGGACCCUGCAUCGGCCAAUGGGAUCGUAAGGACAUCAAGAAGGGCGACAAGAACACCAUCGUCACAUCGUACAACCGUAACUUCACAGGACGUAACGACGCGAACCCAGCCACCCACGCCUUCGUCACCAGCCCCGAACUGGUCACAGCUCUGUCUAUCGCUGGCCGAUUGGACUUCAAUCCAGUUACCGACAAACUGAAGGGCAAGGAUGGCAAAGAGUUCCUUCUGAAGGACCCCUUCGGCGAUGAGCUCCCGAGCAAAGGUUUCGACCCUGGCAUGGACACCUACGACAUGCCGCCAAACGACGGUAGCAAAGUGAAGGUCGACGUGGACCCGAAAAGUCAGAGAUUACAGCUUUUGGAACCAUUCGAUAAAUGGGACGGCAAAGAUCUGACCGACCUGACGGUUUUAAUCAAAGUCAAAGGAAAGUGCACAACUGAUCACAUCUCUGCCGCUGGUCCGUGGCUGAAAUAUCGUGGCCACUUGGACAACAUCUCAAACAACAUGUUCAUUGGCGCUGUCAACUUCGAAAAUGGUGAAGUGAACAAGAUCAAGAACCAGCUGAGCGGUUCAUGGGGAGGUGUGCCGGACGUGGCCCGGGACUACAAGAAAAAAGGCGUCAGAUGGGUAGCCGUUGGCGAUGAAAACUACGGAGAGGGUUCGUCUCGGGAGCACGCCGCUUUGGAGCCCAGACAUCUCGGUGGCCGUGCCAUCAUCGUGAAGAGCUUCGCCCGUAUCCACGAAACCAACCUGAAGAAGCAAGGCCUGUUGCCUUUGACCUUCGCCGAUCCUAGCGACUACGACAAAAUCCAGCCCACCGAUAAGAUCAGCCUUUUGGGACUGAAUGACCUCGCACCUGGCAAGCCGGUGUCAGCGGAGAUCAAGCACCAGGACGGCAAGGUCGACAAGAUCACCCUGAACCAUACCAUGAACGAUCAGCAGAUCACGUGGUUCAAGGCUGGCUCGGCCCUGAACCGGAUGAAGGAGAUCUCCGCCGGAAAGUAAGCGCGCGAUUACCAUCGCCGAACACCGUCAUCGUUCGUGAACAAAGAAGAAACGCGUGAUUGUAGCUAGCUAGCGUGUACACAUCUCUAGGGAAAUGCGAACGGGGCAGGCGCGCGCCCCGAUUUUCCAGGUAGAUACUCGUUACGUGACUCGCGAAGGGCGCGAACCGGGCCGGGAGAAAGUUUGCAAGUGUCGGUGACAGCGCGAAGCAAUGAUCAUUUUCACGACAAUAUUUGAACAAACGUGUUUCGCCGACCACCGUCGUCGUACAAUGAUGAACCCUCGUAAUCCGGGCGCAGGUUGUAAUUUUACGGAGACUCUAGUACACGGAUAAUACGUAGAUGAAUUUAAUUGUCGAAUUUAGCUGCAGCGAUCGGCCGCCGAUCCCUCCGGACUCGCGAUUCGGGGAUCGGAGCGGAAGUUCCCAGCGAUAGGCAAAAGGACCUGAUGUGCGGACUGGACGUGCCAAACGUGUUCAUUUUUCAAUUACGUAUCGCAGCCCGCCGAUGGCACGUCGAGACUGUACCAUAUACCCCCUUGGCCCAAACACACACACACACACACACACACACACACACACACACACACUCCCACACCAGCCACAUACCUCAAUACCGAUCGAUUAAAUCUUGUAUAUAUAUAUAUUACAUAUAUCGUUCGCAGAGUAGAAUCAUGUUCUGGCAAUGCGAUUUUCUAGAUACGACUGAUGAAGUAUAAUACAUUGUAAGAUCGUUGUUGUUACUCGAUGAACAAAUAAAAGGUUGAGCAAGUGAGCUUAUCA